GCAAUAUAUGUCUUUGCAUGUUAUGACAAAUCUCGUGAAUAUGACAUAAUGGGAACAUCAACAUGACCAUGGCUUACCCAGCGACUAUGUCUUUGGAUCGUGAAUUUCGAGUGCGAGAACUCCUCAAUGAGGUUCAAGCAGAACGCCGCCAUUACGCAAGUGAAUCCUAUAUACCCUCCCUUCCGCGUUCCUUUCUUUUCAAGCACCACCCCAUGGGCAUUCCUAGACCCCCUCGAACACGCUUAUCUGCUACUACCGAAUCGCAACUACGUGAUGUGUUGUCGCUGUGUUUAGCGGACUCUACACUCGACAACUAUACCUCUGGGUUAAAGUCCUUCCUGGCCUUUUGCGACAGAGAAUCUGUGCCUCUGGAGGCGCGUCUUCCUGCAUCAGAACAUUUACUUUGUGCUUUUGCUGCCUCGCGCGCAGGUGGCGUCGUAUUAUCCACUGUGCGCAACCGUAUCUCUGCAGUACGUGCCUGGCACAUCAUCCACUGCAUGCCUUGGCAGGGUGGACUGCAUUUACAGUACGUCCUCAAUGGUGUGGACCGCCUCGCCCCCGAUGCAUUACCACCCCGCCCUCCUAUAACACGUGUCAUGCUCGAACUCCUUCAUUCGCACCUUGACAAAUCUGUCUCAAUCAAUGCAUGUCUCUUGGCUGCCGCCGACAUCGCAUUUUGGGGACAAUCUCGUCUGGGAGAACUGUUCCCCACCUCGGCUUCCAAGCAUGAUCCAAAACGGACCCCUUCUCGCUUUCAUUUAGGACCAGUUUCUUCUGCGAAUGGUUCUCGCGGUUUGCAUUACCCUUACACGAAAACGAAGAGAUUCAUGGGUGAUGACACCCGUCUUACUCGCCAACUAGAAUCCCUUCCCCUCUUUUCAUACCAGGAAACACCGGGUGGGCAAUGGAGAUUUCUGACGAAGAAACUUUUCCUCAAAAUAUGCAAUUCCAUUUGGCAUUCUUGCCACAUCCCCCGCUUCACAGGGCACUCGUUCCGCAUUGGCGGCACUACCGAACUUCUGCAAUGUGGAGUUCCCCCCGAUAUUGUGAAGUUAAUGGGCCGGUGGUCAUCUGAUGCAUUUUUGCGUUACUGGCGGAAAUUGGAAAUUGUGGUACCAAUGCAUGCGCAGUUGCUACAACCAGUACUAAACCCCCACUUUCUCUCCAAUCCCAAACCACGCACAUCGAGGGCACGUUCUUAAUCACACUAUCCAUUUAUUCCGUAAACUUUCCAACUCGUUAUGUCCUACUUUGUACAACUGAAUACGUCCCGUCCUCGUCUUUUUUGUGGGUUGGCCGUCGCGUGAACUAGCUCGUCAGCGACUUCGUCGGGUUUGUGGGUGAUCCUCGCUGUUCCCCUUCCGGCACACCCCAGACCCCCGAGACCCUUCGUGGCCUCAGGAGCAGGCCAUUGGCCGGUCUCUCCCCCACAAUAGCACUCAAGUGGUAUAAGAUUGACUUCCCCCUCCGGAGCGACAGCACGAGUUGAACACGGACGCUUGUUCCCUUCCGCAAGAACUACUCGAUCAAAUAAUCGAUCAUUUUCAGG